AUGUUGGCUGCUGGAUGCCUCCGUCGCACGAGCGCUGCGGUCGCUGGGCGAUCACGACUGCCGCUGCCACAUGGCGCCAGUCAGCAACCACGCGUCGCCCUGCCGCGCUCGCUCUCAACACUGUGCGUUGCGACACAGCAAGGUAGCCGCCAUCGUCAUUCCCAUCGUCUUCAUCAGGAUGGUGUCGCGAGCGCAGGCGCAGGCCGAAUCGCCGCCGCUGCAAUGCUUCAGCCAGCCAAGCCAUUGCCACUCACACGCCAAGCGCUGCGUGCAAUGUCAUCAUCAUCGUCGUCGUCAUCGUCGCAGGAGACGACGACUACAACUGCCAAUAGUAUCACUACUGCGGCUCCAACUGCAGCGACUGCUGGCCACGCGGUUUUUACUCUCGCUCCAACUCAGACUGCAGCUGCUCCCGUUGCUGCUCCCGUUGCUGCUGCUGCUGUUGCUGCAACCCCGAUCGAAGUGGUCGAGUCGGUCGAGCCCGACGCUGCUGACUCCUCCCCCAAGCCAGCAGAUAUCGUUGUUGAAGUCGAGGAAAGCUUGCCGACUGCAUCCAACGAAGUCGCACCGACAGCUUCAGUAAGCAAGGCUGAGCCCCAUCCCGGCUCGCCGAUUCACGCCUUUGCCUUGCCAAAGCCCGCAGAGACCGUUUCCGAAGCCCAUCCCGGCUCGCCGAUUCAUGCCUUUGCCUUGCCAAAGCCCGCAGAAAUUGUUUCCAAAGCUAUUGUUUCCGAAGCCCAUCCCGGCUCGCCGAUUCACGCCUUCGCCUUGUCAAAGCCCGCAGAGGCUGUUUCCGAAGCUAUUGUUUCCGAAGCCCAUCCCUUGACCACUCCGGUUGCUGCUGAAGCAGCCCAUCCUGGCUCGCCCAUUCACGCCUUCGUCGCUCAUGAUACACCCGCGUCCAAAGCAAGCGCCGAAUCUGCUGAGGCUUCUUCAGGCGAAACGUCUCUUGAACAGGACAAACCAGACACGGCAUCAACCAAGUCUCAUGUUCGCGCUGCUCGUGGCUCAACCGCAGUGCCCGUCAAGCAAGCACUCGUCACUGUGCUGGCAAACUCGCUCGUCGGUCUCCAGGAUGGCGUGUUGCCCACCACCUUGCUCAAGCGCGUCUCUUACAACAAUCCCGACCAGACUGAUGCUGCUCUCAAGGUCGUUCAGCAAGUCGACGCUCUUGUGGAAGCCCGGCUUGAAAAGAAUCGCGAGGAAGUCAAAAUCGAGAACAAACUACGCGAAGAAGCGGCUGCUCGCGCGGCGGCUGCAUCUACCAGUACCACAGUCCCGACUGCACCUGCUUCAUCGCCAACACCAUCGGCGGGGCCCAUCUCGAUUUCCGUGGGCAAGUUUGCCGCGUCCCAAUCCUCGCAACCAGCAGCAGCAGCAGCAGCAGCAGCAGCCUCCACAUCUUCCACUGGGCCGCAUUUGGUCACGCCCGGCAUGGUGCAGCCUCGACGCUUCACCGAGCCCUCGAGUGUUUACUCGCGCAUCGCUGGAUCGUUGGACAUUGAUUCGAACGACAUGCCAUGGAACCUUCCCGGCAUUGUGAGCGCGCUUGACGCCCAUCCUGCAGGCGACGCACGUGUGCCUCACCGAGGCGGUGUUGUGCUGCAUCAGUCGCCUCCCUCUGUCAACAGCGGCCCUGGGUUUGCCUUGACCAGCUCACAUUCCGCGACCCCCACAGCUGUAUCCUCUCUCAGUGGCGCUACCUUCCACGUUCAGCAUCAGUACAUUAUCACAAAUGGAAUGCUUCCUGCUGCGCCCACUGCCACCGCAGGCUCUCCAGCAGGCGACGCCCCAACCCCGAGCAUUGCCGCGCUAAGCGCUCAAUUGAAGCUAAUGGAAGGCAUGCUGCAAGAGAUGACCGCUAUGGUCCACGCUUUGAAGGUCGGUGCCAACCCGGCAUCAAACCAGGCAUCCACAAACCAAUAUUCGCGCCCGGCAUCGACAUUGUCCACUGCGCCUUCAUCGGCUUCCGCCUCAUCUUGGAGCGCGCCCAACCGAGUGCGCCGCAUCACGAUCGGUCGCAACCAAAAGCCCUCGUUCGCUCCUGCUUCGGAAUCUCCUGCGGCUUCAGCUGCCCCUGCCGUGGCAGUGGAAACCCCAAACGCUUCAAGCACGCCAUCAUCGUCGAAGGACUCGAAAUGAGGAGGAAUUGGGAAAAAAAUACAAAUUGAAUACUGAUUUGGUUUCUUAUUAAAAAUAUUGUCUGCGCG